CCGCGAGGGUGGAGGAUGCUCUGGCGCCCCUGGCGGGCCUGGCGCCGCCCGCCGGCCGGCUGGUUGGCCUGCUCGGCCUGCCUGGCGCUGCUGGCGCUGCGGCUGACCGCGCUCGAGGCGGCCGAGCCGCUGCGAGUGGGUGCCGCCAUCAACGUCUUCAGCCGCUAUGGCUACCUGUCCAUCUCCAUGCGCGUCGUGCCCCGCAACGACUCCGAGUCGUGGGUGUUCCGGGAGCCCACCGUCGACGUGUUCAAGAACAUCACCGUGCUGCCCACCCGGUCGCCCACCGCGGCCACGAGGCACGGCGGCAAGAUGCCCGUGUUCGAGGGCGACUUCCACAUGGAGUUCUGCGACAACCUGCGCCAGCUCCUCCAGGCCUACUUCCGUGACUUCCAGGUGGAGCGGCUGGAGCGGCCCUGGUCCGCGUUCACGGCGUCCUGGUCCCGCAACGCCAUGGCCAAGCACCUGGGCCUCAACGCCACGUACGUGGCCGGCUCGCACUGCUACGUCCUGGUGCGCGUCGCGCGGCACCGUGACAGCGUGAGGAUGGUGCCCCCGCAGCCCGGGGUGCCCGUCGAGGAGGCCGUGGCCAAGGACGCCAAUCUAGUCAACCCAGGGGACCCGUCGUCCGUCGUGGACUUCGUCAAGAGCUUCGGCAGCCACUACGUCGCGUCGUACGUCACUGGCAACUCCCUAUAUCAGGUGUUCGUGUACACGCCGCACAUCUACCAGCGCAUCAAGGAGCGCCUCAAGACGCAGGGCGUGGCCGCGCUGUCCGCCGUGGAGCUGGCCAGCUACUUCAGCCCCUGGCACGCGGAGCACAUGGGCCGCAUCCUGUGCGCGUCGGGCAACCAGACGGUGGAGGAGUGGGCCGCCAACGCGCUGCGGGUGCACUUCUACUUCUUCACGUACCCGAGCCUCAUCAAGCUGCACGGCGACGUGGGGCUGCUCAAGACGCUCAACGGGCUGCUGGGCAACGAGGCCGUGCUGCAGCUCGACCUGCGCACGCUGGCGCCCGCCUUCGCCGACCCGGCCAAGCGGCGCUGGUUCCAGGAAGUCAUCGACAACCAACUCAAGUUGUGGGAGGUCAACAUGUCGUGACCACUGACCAGGCUGUGACUGUGUGACUGUGUCGGCGAGCUCGUUUCGGGGCCAAUUGGUGGUCGCGCGUUGUGAUCAUUUGGUGGCCGUGACGCAAACUGACCGAACUGACCGCGGUGUCUGCCGUCAUGGCACGGCGGCAUGGCGGCAUGACUCACUGACUCACGGCGCCGUGGCUCUCCGUCUCUCUAGUCCAAACCAAAUGCGAAUGGAGACUGCGGCUCCACUAACUAUUUCUGUCGGGAGGAAGAAUUCGGGGAAUAAGUGUUUUGGCUCUCAUUGUCUCUUUCCCCAUAUAUGACCCUGGUAGCAGUCUGCGUUGUCUCGAAGAAUCAACAGCGUCCCUGUAGUGUCUGCGGCCACAUAGCUGGACCACUUACUUGGCGGCUGGAGCAUUAGGAGUGCCGGCCUCGGUCUCGGGGACUUCUGAGAGUGCUGCUCGUGCCUAGAGGCCUGCAGUCUAGAACCGCAGUGUAGGACUUUGCUGGUGCCCAGCCUGCCCAGCCUAAAGCCCAGCCGGGCCGGGUAGGCUACCCUCCUCACAUCGGUGUGAAACUGGUGGGGCCGGUGGCCUACCUGGAACCCAGCAGGCGCUCUAGGACUGCGACUGUCCUGUGCAAGGCCAGCAGACUGAGGCCGCUGGCCUAAUGCCAUUCCAACUGCCCUCUCGAUGGAUUGCUCUUGAGCGGCCCCAAACAAGGACGUGGGUCCCACUAGGACUGAAGACAGAAAUUUUAAAAAGCAGGCACGUUUUUAUAUUUUUGCCUUUUGAUCCUGUCCUGCCAUUUCUUUACUUCUUUUGUAUUGUACUCUAAUAACUCAUUCUCUGGCUGUGUGUAGCUAGCUUAAGUAUGUAGCUAGGUCAGAAUGCCCUUUUUUGUGUGUGUGAAAUUGCGGAAAUCUAUAUUUAUUUAUUUUUCUCUGUGUGUGGCUUGUUACUCAGCAAGAAAAUGGGCUGGUGAAUAGAUUGGCCUGUUAAAUUUGGUGUUUUCUUUUGGCAGUAUUUAGUUGUGAUUUCUGAACUCCUAGCCAAUGUGCACUGAAUCUUCGGCAAUGUUGUAAAAUUUAAUACUGCAUUAGAUUAGUAAAAGGAAAAAUAUGUGUACAUAGUGUAAAAUACAGUAAGUUUAUGAUGAGUUCUAUGUAUUAGAUGGAAAUCGCCACAUCAGUGUCUGAAUGUAUAAAUAUUAUCCUGUUCUAGCUAAAUAGAAAAUUAUGGGCGCGAGCUCCAUCAAAGAAAAAAAGAAUACAGCAAAAUUUAUGGUUAAGUCAUAAAUGAAAUCAAUUCUUAGACAAAGGA